AUGGACUCGAUCUCAUCAUUAUCAAUAUAUUCGAAUUAUGAUGAUCCUGAGUUCAACGAGGUGGCCAAGAUUCUUCAAAAUAAGAUAAGAUUACCGUUUGAUUCAGAUUAUUUGACCCCACAGGAAUCGGCCCACUGUUCUAAUGUGCUUUUCAAGAAGGAAAUCAGUAUUGAUCUCAAUGAGUUUCAGACUCUACUAAGAGGGUUUGCGGUAUAUUGUGAUAAAGAUGUUUUAUGCGGUAGAGUGGCAGGAGAUUCACGAUUUUGGGAGAGUUGUAAGAGAUUAGUGACUGAACUAGGCUUUGAAGCUAUUGUUCCGAUAUUUGCACCCAUCUUCAGACAUUUUUGUUUGCACGUUAAUAAAUUCAAGGAACCACUUAUUUCUUUCUAUGAAUAUUUGAAUAAAAACGAUAUUUUUAUGAAAAGAAUGAUACAUUUCUUUCAAGUGGUAUCAUUUGACGACCCUUCGUUGAGAAAGGGAUUUCAAUGCACUGCAAGUAUGUGUGAUGGUUUAAAUUCACUGGUGGAUACAGAUGAAGCAAGGCUCGCUAAACUGAAAAUAUCGCUUUGGAUCACACUGUUACUCAAUGACUUCCCCAGGGUUAUCUCACAGAUAUUUUUACAAUCUGGUGAUGAGAUAAUCAAGGCUAUUAUGAUUGAAAGGCUUCUGCCAAGUGUUGUGCAAUGUUACAAAUAUAUGUUAUCUACUAGCAUUAAGGAGUUCCCACAGAUUUUACGUAUGCUCAAAGAGGAAAACGAUGGCUUAGUUACCAAUAAUGAUGAUCUCAGGCAAAAAUUCUUCGAAAGCAACCAAGAAUAUAACGUUUUUCAAGAUCUAAAUUUACUUGAAGCCACUGAUGUAUUAUUCUUUCUUAGGGAUCCUGAUCUAUCCUUUAAGAAAACAUUCAUGGAGCAUUUACUUUUUGGUGAUUCAGCAUUCCCUUUAUACCACACGAUAUUUGAAAUAACUAAAAAUUUACAACAAUUUUAUCGACAAAAUGAAGACAAACUUGCGGAAAAGCCCUUUUUGGCAAUAUUCAUUAUGGGCAAAUCAUCAUUAAUUUAUAUUCUGAUGAAAAUUCAACUGAGGUUUUGGAUCGAUUCUGGUUCGAAAUCUUUAAAUGAUAUGGAAUCUCUCUCUAGGCUGAUACCUUCAACUUUAGAACAACUAGAUAACAUACUAUCGGAAAAAAUGGCUGGACAACCUUUGGAUGUUCUGUUUGAGUUCUCUGUGGACUUUUUAGAAUCAAUUGAUUACAAGGUUGCCAGACAAUACCAGUUGGAUAAAGUGAAGAAUCUUCACAAUCAAAAAUGGUCGAGCCAAAUUUCUGAGUUUAAUACAUUCUUGAAUGGUCAAGUUCAUGACUAUGUAAGACACCAGAGGUUAUUGCAAUUACAAAAAGGAACAUGGACAUACUCUGAAAACCCUUUAGAUCCAAUGAUAAAGGCUCCAAAAGUGUACUUCAUAAUUGUUUCCGAUAAUCAUGCAAAUUUACUUGUGCGAGAGUUUGAUAUGAAACGAGAAGAAUAUCCCAUAGUCGAAGGAAAUAAAAUAUUUGCCCCCCAAACGAGUAAUAGUGGCUCAAAGGAUUUGACACCAACGAUCGUUAUACCUUUGAAGACCAUUGCCUUUUUCGAACAUAAAGAUAUAUCUGUCAUGGAUAGAUCAUCGGCAUCAUUCAAAAUGAUUAAUCUAUCUCACAGAAAUAUAUACACAGAAGUGAAGCUACUGGAUAAGUAUAAGAAGCCAAUAUUGACACUGUACCUUGACACAAAGGAAGCCAAAUUUUUAUGGCUCGAUGGACUACAGUUGAUAUCUCCUAUCAGUGAUAAGAAAACAUAA